AUGGACGAGAUUGAUCCUCCAUUGCCGGAAGACCCCAUAUGGUCAACGUUGUACCAAUCAGAACAAGUUCCGCUGAAGCGAGAAAAUAACCAAGAACCCUUCGAAACAGGCGGAGGCCCAGCGCCACGAGAAAAUGUUCAUAUGGAACGAGUUUUCCGGAAAAGCACGCCAGUGUUGAGGCACUCGACCACGCACAAUUCGACCACGCACUAUUCAGGUUCACCUAAUGCUGGACCUGUUGCAGUUUCUCGCUCGACUGCAACCUGUUAUGUGGCUGGCGAAUCAUGUGAAGCUCGCGAUUCUGGUGGCAGUCCCAGUUUGGCAGGACCGAAUGCCGGUCAAGUGUGCUCGACAGGGGUAGAACACCCCGGUUGGUCACCGCAAAAUGGAGCUUGUAUCGUGCCGCAGUCAGGAUAUCAGGAGAACGGACAACAAGCAGGAAGACUGUCUCGGAGGGAAGGGGUUGAUGAUUAUGACAACGACAUGGUCAAUGAAGAGGACGUGCGCGGCACACGUUCCGCGAAUGGAAGGAAAAGAACAUGUGCAAAUCGAACUGUUCAAUUCCCACGAAAGAAGGCGAAAGUGGAGCACACUCCAGAAGGAUUGGCCGAGCGUUUCGGGACGAACAAUCGGGGUGCGCUCAUCUCUACCUUAAAAGAAGAGUGGCAAGAUAUUACUUCGCAACUUUUACCGGAUAUGGAUACGACCGCGUCGAUUGGCAUGUCUCAACGCCACGACGUACCAAGCUUCGUCAACUUUGUCCUACAACAGGGUCGUUUACUGGAAAGGAACUCGCUGAGAGCCGAAGUUCAAAGCUUGAAGAAUCGAAUAGACCUUGCACACUACUAUCAGCUUUUGUGGCCGCCUCCAACGAUACCCGGAAAGGCGCCGACUCUCCCUUCUUGGCCUGGAUGCGGGAGUGGUAUCGACGACGUGGCAGGUCACCGUCCCUAG